AUGAUUGUGCUGGCCCUUGUCGCCCAGGGCAGUGAGGUACUUGCCGAGGCGCAUGAACCGGAGCAUGAUCGAUUUCUGACGGCCUCCGAGGCCAUCCUGGCGAAAAUCGACCCUGCUACGUCGCGGCUGUCGUAUGCCUACGAGCAGUGGCUGUUUCAUUAUAUGGUCCACGAUCACCUUGUAUACUUGGCCGUCGCGGAUGCCGACAUGGGACGACGCAUUCCGUUUGCCUUCCUAACCGAGCUCCAGAAGGCGUACGCCGAGGUGCCGUCCAGCGAGACCAUUGCCUCGCUGCGCCACAAGUUCAAUCAGGACCCGGAGGCGGAUCCUAUUCAGCGGGCCCAGGCCGAACUGGGUAGCGUCAAGGACGUGAUUACCAAGAACGUGGAACAGAUCCUCACGCGUGGCGAGCAAAUUGAGCUCCUCAUGGACCGCACCGACUCGGCGGCCCACCAGAGCUUGGCGUUCCGUCGCCGCGCUGUGAGUCUCCGCCGCGACAUGUGGUGGAGGAAUAUGCGCGUCCUUACAUUGAUGGGCGUUUGUGGAUUGGUAUGUACUGGACCUAUAUACUAA